GUUGACGUCGAGCAGAAGGCGGGACCAUGCGGUGUGUCUGAUUUCUCCGCCGCCCGGUGCUGUAGAGCCCCGGGGAGGGAGGAGCUGCGUGACAGCGCCGGGGGCCUGAGAUGAGCGCUCUGGCCCCCCUCCAUCUCACCGACAUGGCCAGCCCCGCUCUCAGUCCAGAUGAUUCGUCCUUGUCGGCGGCUUUCAGCGUCUCGCCCUCAGACUCUGAGAACCUCAGUCCAGAUGAACUGGAGCUACUCAGCAAGCUGGAGGAGCAGAACAGACUCUUGGAAGCAGACUCCAAAUCCCUACGCAGUGUUUCCGGAUCCUGCAGGACCAAUGUCACCUCCCCGGGGCCACCACCUCUGGACCAGGACAGCUGGGAGCUUUGGGGACGCAUUGUCACUCACUGGGAGGAAUGGACCAGGAGGAAGGAGAAGCUUUUGAAGGAGCUUAUACGGAAGGGGAUCCCUCAUCACUUUCGAGCCAUAGUAUGGCAGAUGCUGUGCAAUGCAACAGACAUGCCAGUGAAAAAGCAAUAUGUCGAUCUUCUAAAGAUGUCCUCUCCAUGUGAGAAGCUGAUCCGGAGGGACAUUGCUCGAACCUACCCAGAGCAUGACUUUUUCAGGGGCCAGGACAGCCUGGGGCAGGAGGGGCUGUUCAAUGUCAUGAAGGCAUACUCGCUGAUAGACCGAGAGGUGGGCUACUGUCAGGGCAGUGCUUUCAUUGUGGGCCUCCUUCUUAUGCAGAUGCCAGAGGAAGAAGCCUUCUGCGUGUUUGUCCGGCUAAUGCAGGAGUACCGGUUACGAGAGCUCUUUAAGCCCAGUAUGGCUGAGCUCGGCUUAUGUAUAUACCAGCUGGAGUAUAUGUUACAGGACCAGCUCCCGGAGCUAAACCUCCACUUUCGCUCUCACUGCUUCCACACGUCAAUGUACUCCUCGUCUUGGUUUUUGACCCUGUUCCUCACAACGUUCCCUUUGCCUAUAGCCACUCGUGUGUUUGAUAUCUUCAUUUACGAGGGACUGGAGGUUAUAUUCCGGGUAGGGAUGGCUCUGCUGACUGUAAAUCAGACUGAACUGAUGCAGCUUGACAUGGAAGGGAUGUCUCAGUACUUUCAGAAGGUGAUCCCACAUCAGUUUGACAGCUGCCCAGAUAAGCUCAUCCAUAAGGCUUACCAAGUGAAGUACAACCCCAAGAGGAUGAAACGAUUGGAGAAAGAAUAUGCUGCUAUUAAAAGCAAAGAGAUGGAAGAGCAAAUCGAAAUCAAGCGAUUGAGAACCGAGAACAGACUUCUAAAGCAACGCAUCGAAACUCUAGAAAAGGAAAGUGCUGCGUUAGCGGACAGGCUCAUCCAGGGUCAGGUGACUCGGGCUCAAGAAGCGGAAGAAAAUUACGCCAUAAAAAGAGAGCUGGCUGUAGUAAAACAGCAAUACUAUACUGCUACCGAGAACCUGCAGAGCGCCCAAAAUCUCAUACGAAAACUGCAAGAUAAGCAGAAUGAUCCACGUGUCACAGAAGAGGUGGUCAGCCACCUCGAGUCUGAACUAGAAGAAUCACGGCUUAGAGAAGCUGAGACAUUGGGAGCCUUGAAGGAAAUGCAAGAAAAAGUAAUUGAACUAGAAAAGAGAAACAGUUCUCUCCCCGACGAAAGCAACGUUGCCCUUCUCCAGGAAGAGCUUCAGUCUCUGAGGAAGAGAGAGGCCCAUGCUCUGCAGAUCAUGAAGGAAGGACAGAAGCAAGUGACAGAUCUGAGUGACCGCUGGCAGUCCAUGUCUACUCGGGGUGGAGGUAUUUGGAAAGACUCACCUCGUAAAAGUGCAACUGGGAACCUACAGGAUGAGGUCAUGUCUUGUCGGUUACGAGAAGUCAUGGCUCAGAGCGAAACGCGUGAACUCCGGCAGAGGGUUCUUAUACUGGAAAGUCAGGAAGUAAUGCAUGAGAAACAGCUCUCACGUCUGGAGAAAGAGUGCAAGGAACUGAGAGACAAACUGCAGAACGAGGCCGCACAGUACAAGGCCCUGCAGUCACAGAUGAGCGAGGAUAAGCGGAGACAUGCAGUAUCUGACUGCAAGAAUAAAGAGGAGGUAAUGGCGGUGCGUCUGAGGGAAGCAGACAGUAUGGCGGCUGUUGCUGAAAUGCGUCAGAGAAUAGCGGAGUUGGAGAUUCAGAAAGAAGAGGGGGUGAUCAAAGGGAAACUGGAUGAUUCAGAUUUUUCCCAGUACAUCCGGGAACUGAAGGAUCAGAUUGAAGAACUGAGGCAGGAGAUCCUCAUUCUUCGAGGUUAUAAACCUUACUCCGAUCCCAUCUCCUUUGAUGGACUGAACCUCUCCUCCCGCUCAGGCCAAGAAGAUGAAUACUCCCUGCCGUCUUCAGAUGAAGAGCUUCUCUCCCGGCCCCUCGGAGCCUUGCAGGAUGCCCUGUACCCCCACUCCCCGCACAAGGCUUGCUUCUUGAGGCCUCUCAGAAGUUCUGCCAGCUCUGACAGUGAAGAGGGGGUGGAAACCAACGGCGCAACAUCUGAUUCUCCCCCUGAGCCUGCAGAGGAGGAAUAGCACAGGGGAACGAGGGGGCUGAAGCAGAGGAGCAGUAAACAAUCCUUCGUACCUUUGGGAUGAGACUACCUAACAGCUUCAGUUUCCUUUCAGAAUGAUCACUCUUAGGGUACGUAAUGGGUGCUUGAACUGCUCUUACCCCAAAGAGGAACCUUGUGGGGGCGAGUAGUAACCACACAGCUUAUGUUUAUGGCCAGUUGGUGGAACGAGACUCUGGUGUGAACGCACAUGGGGUCCAAUGAAGAAGUUCUCCUAAACUAUUCCUAUAAAUGUAGGUUAAAAUACUAAUCUGAAGGUGGACACUACAUCUCCAAGCUUUACCCCUGCCUAACAGUCAUGCCAGUAUGGAGUCGAGGGGAAAUGGGGCAAUUUACAGUCCCAUAUUUAACCCCCUAAUUGCACUAAAAUAAUAACGGCCAAUAAGUGUCCCAUACCUGGAAAACUAGUUUGCAGCCCAUUUCCAGUUUUUGUAUACGUCAUUUCUGGUAGAUUAUAUAGGACUGGAUCAGUAUUCCUAACAACUUCAUACAGUAUUCACCUUCUAGUCACUAUAGAGGCAUCUCCUGGAGACCGUGGGCAGCCAUUAUGUGGGCUGCAUAGGUGUUCAGCUUGUACAUGACAUGACAUUCACUAGUUUUGGGGUUCUUCAAGUUAUCUGUACUGUAAUAUCCAUUGUGUACUCAUUGAGUGGUAGGCAUGUCUCACCCAUGGGCCCUGUCUAUGUAACCAGCAUGGUCCACAGAGCCAGGUGCAGGAGCAUACUGAGGGUCCAUCUCCAUCAGCUUCAUUUAUAAUAAGCAGGAGAACCCCUUUAAUAGGUGACCAAUAGCAAGCAAAUGGAGUUUGGGUAUGUUCAAAAUGGCUUUGUGAAGUGCCUCUCUCCGUAUCUCUUGGUCCAUGAAUGGAAGUCCACAACAUGGCUGCCUCUACCAGGCGCUGUUCUUCCACAGAAUAUACCUCCAUAAGUUAUGGGAACACUUCCGUUACGCUAAUGAAUAUAGCAUUACAAACCAGAUUGGACCUCAGGUGGUACCUCAGAAUCUCUCUUCUUUGAGGAUCCAACAUGGAGCCACGGCAAUGACAGCCUGACAUCCCUGAGAAUGAGCAGAGCUGGUUCUGUCCUACCCAGACACUACCACAACCAUUGUACCACUGUCAUCUUCCAACAUGGCUCCAUCAACUACUGGGAGAUAUGGCAAACAACAACCAGGGCCUGUCUGACUUGGCACCUGAAGCGGCACCACUUUUCACAGCCGCGUCCCAGAUCACAAAAAGGAUUGAGUUUUUUUCCAGAAACAACGCCACUCUUGUCCAUAGAUAGUGUCCGGUAUUACAGCUCUGUCACACACAAAGUAAGUAAGGGCUCAUUCACAUCACCGCUUUUAUUUUCCGUUCUUCUGCUCCGUUAAAGGGGCAGAAGAACAGAAAUAACGGAAGUGCAGGACUCCGCACAUAACUGACACUAACGGAACCCAACAUUGCAUUGACUAUAAUGGGAUCCGUUCAUUUCAGUUCAGAAGAACAUUUUUUUAGCGGGACUUUUCUCUCUGCGAUUUUUGACGAAAGGAGCCUCCAACGCAAAUGAACCCUUAAGUAAGUGUAAUGCUCGGUACAGCCUGUGGACAAUGUUGGCGCUGUUUUUAGUCUUCGUAGGGGAGAAAUGAACAAAUGUAAUGGUGAAGAGUCCAACUGAGGGUCUACUUAUACUAUAUACAUCAGGAGGAUGCCGCUAUGUAGGCAUACGGCGGUAUACGUCUCCCGCAGGCUCCUAUACUGUAUACUGCGCGGUAUAGUUUUUCUACAGGAUGCCUCUGGGUGUAGUAGUGCAGCAGAAUGACGCUAUGUCAUACCGCAGAACGAAGGCAUCCUGGUGUGUACCACUUGAUGGAGGCUAAAAGGACAGGCUUUUGGCCUCUGUCGGUUUUGAGUGGAACCCUAUGGAUACAUUUCACUUUUCCAGCACAUACACCAGACGGAUGCAGUGUGAAUACGCCCCAAUUCUUCUCUCUGGGCGGCAUCUUCUUUUUCUGUACAGACUUGGAAGCAGUUCAAGGAGAAAUUGCCCGCUCGGGUCAAAGCUUCCGCUCUUAGAUGCUUUAGAAAUGUAACAGGUUUAGUCACUUUGAAAACCCCAUUUCACAUAACAAUUUUGGAGGUAGACCCUCUGUCGGACCCCUCUCCGUGUGUUACGCCUAGGAGGCGAAGCAUGCCACAGGGUUUUAAAGAACGCAGAAGCCUUGACGGGAUGCAUUCGUUGUAGAAAACAGUUCACCAGUUUUACUCUGAGUCUUCCUUUAAAGAAAGUGACAUUUUGCCAAAAAUUUGACUGAAUCCUUGAAUUCUAGCCAGAGAGGAAAGCCCUUCUCCUGGGGUAUACGUCUCCCCACAGCCAAUCUCGGGGUUCAUGAGCUGUAAACCAGUGGCGCAACUAGAAGUGACUGCAAAUUUUUGAACGGACCCCCUCCUCCCAGGGAACCCUCACUCCUGUGGCUAUGGAAGAUCGCUUUCUCAAACCAGGCCAGGCAGCCGCUGUAUUAUCCUGUUGAGGGGGGCCCUGAGAGUAAAAUCUUUCAGCCCUCCUCAUGGGCGGGCUCUUCCUGAGUUCAGAGCCCGUAGCAGCCGCUUCCACUAUAGCUACGCCCCCGCUGUAAACUGGUUCUCAUGGCACUGUAUUAAUGGUUAACUAAAAGGAAUUUGACCAAGGGUUGUCUAAAAGUUGAAGAUACUUUCCAUUUUUGUAAUGUUCUGGGGGAAAAAUUUAGCAAAUGGCUAUACAGGGUAUAUAGGCUAAUACAAAAUGGCAGCUGACAGAAAAUCAGGUACCUCUAAGAGUUUACCCAACUCUGCCAAGUAAGCCUUAUGGCCCUUCCUCCACCCGCGUCCUGCAGUAUUACUAACCCCCCGACACCAGAGAACAAGCUGUGGUAACGUGUACAUACCUAUGUAUAUGACUGUUUCGUCUUUUGUAAAUGCUUCGUGUGAACAAGACGAUCACGCGGCAGAUGUUUGAUUUCCUUUUUAUCCUCAAAAGUAGAAGAGUCUAUAAUAUAUAUUGUUCUUAAAGGGGACCUGUCACUUCUCCUGACAUGUCUGUGUUAGCAACCAAUAACUAUUCUGGAGCAUCUAUUCUUAUGUUGUGCUAUUCCUCUGUUCCUUCUAGAAGUAAAUUAAUAAAUUGCCAGAAGUCUGCAAUAAAGGUCCAGAUGGGUAUUACUAGUUGGCGGGGUGUCAGACUGUGCAGGGGCACAGCCCCAACUGGUCACCUCCAUCAUUGCAGACAUUUGGCAAUUCAUUCAUAACUUCUAGCAGGAAUAAUAAAGGAAUGGCAAAACAUAGAGCCAUAAGACUAGAGGCAGCAGAAUUGUUAUUACAUGGGAAAUGCUAGUAUUUACUAAAACAGACGGGAUACAUCCUUUUUAAAGGGGUAUUCCGGUUGUUUGCAGUUAGCCUCAUUAUUCAAAGAAUAGGGGAUAACUGUGGGGUCCCUGUACCCCCUGCAGCCCCCCCUUGAAAUGAACGUAGCGGCCGGUCGCACAUGCGCAUGUUCACUCCAUUCAUUUCUAUGGGAAUUCCAGAGAUAGCCAAGUGCUGCACUUCAAACAACCAGAAUACCCCUUAAUGUCAAUGGUCAUGUUGUUUCAGACGCCUGAAGUAAUCGUAUAAAAUAUUGAGAAGUUCCUUUGUAAAUGAAUUGUAUUAAUUAUCUUGUGCUUAUCCCGUGUUAAAUCCUGUGUUACACUCCAGAGCUGCAUUCAUAAUUCUGCUGGUUGCUUUUAGAAAACUGUCAACAACCCUGCUGACAGACACAUCCCUUUAUAAUUAAACCGAGCUUCCAGUGCUCUGCUGCAUCAUAUUAUUGUACAAAUAACCAGUGCAGACACUGAACCAGCAGGGGAUACAUGUGCACUUAGAAGUCUUGCAUAGGAUAAGUGCAGCAGCGUAUUUGCAGAGAUUCAUUUUCUAUGAGCCAAAACGGCUCACAACUAUUAGUACCCUAUUCAGCUCGCUAAUAACGCACUUUGCCAUGAACGCCAUCUUGCCAUUUUCUACAUAAAAAGUACAGAUUCUGAAUUCCAGCCUGUAUUACAGUUCUGAGCUGCAAUCACAGCUCUGCAGAGUUCACGUGCCCCCGCAACCCCUGCUUGUUUCUGUGAUUUCCAUGCUGGCAAGUGUCAUCUAUACCAGGCACUGAGAAAGGCCUCAUGCACACGACAGUUGUUUUUUGCGUCCGGCUCACAAAUCCGUAAAAAAAAAAAAAAAAAAAAAGGAUGCGGCUUGCGUUUUUUUUUUUUUUUU